AUGAACGGAUUCCAUGGCUGUGUUAGAAAGGUCGUCAUCAACAACGAUGUUCUUCUUGAUACAGAAAAUGAAGUGAACACAGCAGUGAAUCUGCAAGAUUUAGUACUGCAAUCCAAUUACUCAAGACGGCAAACCGCUCCACAACCGAAAAUUCGCGAGAUUGACUUAUCAACCGGACGUCUCUAUAAACAUGCUGAAGUGAAUGGCAUUCCAAUGGUGGAUACAACAACCAAUGCCGCCACCACGACCAGCAUCUCCACCAAGCCAACAACCGUCUCCCAUGCUACUUCCAAGGCUUAUUUCGCGAAUUCCUUGCAAACGACGUCAUCACCGGAUGAACUAAUACCUCUACCGGUGCUGAAGGUGGCUGAAUUCUCGGGUAACUCCCAUGUCACAGUGACAGCUCCAGCGGAUAUCGUCGAUUAUCUGGAUUUGCGAAUCAACUUCAAGCCAAAUCAACAUGCUGGAUUGCUAUUCUAUUGGCAAGAUAUGGGCAGAUAUUUGGCCGUGUUUAUGGAGAGAGGCUACGUCAACGUCCAAGUCACAAUGGGUGCCGAUACGGCUAUACUGAGGCAAGUGAAAACAAUUAUCGUUUUUCACCAACAGAGAGACUCAAGACUGCCUCGAAUUCACUUUGGAGUAUCGAAAUGCAAUAGAGCUUGGACGUCUUUUAGCCUAAGCCUCAAUUUUCCUCAAUUCUCCUCAUUCCUUAUUUAUUUUUUAUGUCUCACACGUCACACUAAGGUUGUCACCUCAUUCUCCCUGGAAAGGGUAAGCAGUUUGAGCUGGGAGAUUGCUUUUCGCCUCCCACUAUUUUAG